AUGACAUUCUGGAACAGAGUUAUCGAAGCCUGGAAGGGUGAGAGUGCACCUAAAAAAGAAGAACCUCAUUAUGAGAACCACGGCAAAAAGUACGACUUUGACGACAUGGUCGAAUUAGUCAAAAGCAAGCCUGAGAACACUCUUCUAAUUGACGUUAGAGAACCAAAUGAAUUCUCUAUAGUACAGAUUCCUGGCUCUUUUAACAUGCCUUACAAAUCAUGUCCAGAUGCUUUGUCUUAUGAUGAAGAAGAGUUCGAAAGUAAGUUCGGUUUCCCAAAGCCAGGAAAAGACAAAGAGUUGGUCUUCUUCUGCGCCGCAGGCCGCAGGGCAGAGGGCGCACAAGCCAAGGCAGUUUCUAAAGGUUACACUAACUCCUCUAUCUACCCCGGCUCUACUAACGACUGGGUCUCUAAGCAUGGAGAUAAGAUCCAAUUCUGA